UCAAACUGCGCAAAACCGCAAGACCAUAACUAAAUUUAAUCUAUAAGUCAAAUAACAUUAUAAAAUGGUAUUGACGAUUAUUGUAAUUGCUCUGUUAACAGUUCUAUUUAUUAAUAUUCUGUUGAAGUUGUAUAAAUUUUAUGUUUUUCGUAAGACGAUUAAUAAAAUACCUGGUGAUGCAUCCUUCUUCGGUACCGCAAUCAAUUUUAGCAGAUUAUCAAAAGACGAAUAUCAGAAAACCUUCUGUCUAUACCCGUCUCGAUAUAAAGAAGGGAUUUAUAAAUUAUGGAUGGGAAAUAAACCAAUGGUAUACAUUUACAAGCCUGAAUAUGUAGAGGUCAUCCUCAGAAGUACUACGAAUAUAAAGAAAUCAAGUGUUUACGAUAACUUUAAGCCUUGGUUAGGAGAUGGUCUUCUAACAUCGACUGGUUCUAAGUGGCAUCAAGACAGGAAAUUGAUUAACCCGGCAUUUCAUUUUUCUAUGUUCGAUAAUUUCAUGAUAGUAAUGCUAGAAAAGAGCGAAAUUUUGUUCGAUCGUAUAGAGAAAGAAACGGGGAAAAAUUUUGGAAAAAAUGAAGUCAAUAUUUAUCCAUUGCUUGCUGAUUUUACGUUUGAUGUUAUAUGCGAAAUCGCAAUGGGCGUUAACAUACAUGCGCAGGAUAAUACAAAUACUGGCUACUCCGUUUACGUACAUAAAGCGACGAAUGGUGUAUUGCAUCGCCAUAUACGUCCUUGGUUAAAACUCGAUUCGAUAUUCGCAUUGACAGCCGAAGGGAAGCAAUUUUAUUCGUCGAUCAAGGAAAUUCAUCGUUUUAAUAGAGAGGUGAUAAAGAAGAAAAAAGAGGCUCGUCGGGAGAAAUGCCAAGACGAGAGCGAAUUUGAUGAAUUAGGUAGAAAAAAAAGGAAAGCCUUUAUAGAUAUCUUAUUAGAUAUCAACGAAAAUAAUUCUAAUCAGUUUUCGGAAGAGGAUAUAGAUGAACAAGUAGCUACAAUUAUGCUCGCUGGUCACGAUGCUAGUGCUGCCGCUAUGUUUUGGACAUUAUUAUGUUUGGCAACCGAGUCUGAAAUUCAAGAUAAGGUUUACGAGGAACUGAAGGAUGUAUUCGACAAUUUGGACGGUCCAAUUAGCAUGAAUACAAUUUUCCAAUUGAAAUAUUUGGACAGAGUGUGCAAGGAAUCUUUAAGGCUCUAUGCAGUAAUACCUGAAUUUUCACGAGAAAUAAUAGAGGAAAUAACGAUAGGGAAAUACGUAAUUCCGAAGAAUACGACAUUGGCUAUUCAUGUUCAUGGUUUGCAUCACAAUCCCGAAAUUUGGCCGAAUCCAGAUAAAUUUGAUCCGGACAGGUUUUUGACCAAUGAAACACAAUAUAGGAAUCCUUACUCAUAUUUACCGUUUAGUGGCGGACUAAGGAAUUGUAUUGGACAGAAAUUCGCGAGUCUUUUCCUCAGAGUUGUUGUAGCUAUAUUGUUGAGAAAAUGGAUAAUCAAAUCUCCGAUUCUACGAAAAGAUAUCAAAACGUAUCAAUCUGUCGUUUUACGACCAUUGGAUGAUAUAUAUUUACAAUUUAUUCCGAGGAAAUAGAAGACCACAAAGAGAGAGCGAGAGAGAGAAUUAGUUUUCUUUUCUUUCCAUAAAAUUCAUAUUUCUUGUACUAUCGUUAAUAAAUUAAAUUCAACAAAUUAUUUUCUGUAUCUACGAAUUAUGAAUUUUCCGCUAUGAAGAUGGUUUAUGAAAUAAAAUAGAAAAAGAACUUA